AUGUCUUCUGAAAUAAUUGCACGAUAUUGCGAUAAAAUUGGACAACAAUCACAAGAUGUUUCAACUGAAGAAUUGAAACUAUUGUCCGACUGCAUUAUUCAAGAAUUAAAUAAAUUAAAACAAGAAACAAACAACGACUCCUUUAUCGGUGUCAUACAUGAAAUACUUGCUAGGAUGACAAUCACAGAUACUAUAGAGUUAGUUAAUAUAUUUGCAUUUGAUCUUGAAUUACUGACUCUAUUCCGUGAUACAUUAACGAGUUUAUUUAACAAAUGUAAUAACAACGAAAAUUUAAAUGAACAAGAAACAAUUGUAUUCAAAGACAUAAUUUCCAUAUUUUUAUCUAUGAUAAAUAGAGUUAAUAAUACAAAUGUCGAUAUUCUUCGAACAUUAAUUUUAAAUGAAGUUUUGAUAAAAUCAAUUAAAUUAUAUAUCGAUAAUAUAGAUAAACAUUUAAAUGAUCCGAAUUUAUUUGCAUUUGAUAUUCUCAUUCGUGGAUUUGAAACAUUAAUGGAAAAACGAAAAGAAUUACAAGAUGAUUCAACGGUAUUAAUUUUAUUAGCUGCAAUUGUAAAAUGUAUUUGUUCUACUUGUUAUAUUGAUAUAUUUAAACAAUUUCAGUUAGACAAGACAGAAUUGAGUAUGAAAGAACACUUUUUAUUAUUAACGUGUCCACAUUAUAUUGUUUAUGGCUAUGAUGGGAAACAUAUAGAAGAAGUACAAAUUGAACUAUGUCACACAAUGUUAAAUCGUUAUUUAGAAAUAUUAGAACAAUUUAUACCGUUGAUAAAACAAUGGAGUAAUGAUUUAAUAAUUCAGGUAAUGAGUUAUUUAACUGGUAUUUUACAAUAUACGUCUAUCCGUGAAUUACAACAAAAAUAUCUCAAUGUACAUCUGAAACUAAUCGAUGCUAUUAUCGUUAUUUUAAAUGCACCAAAUUUAUUAGACAAAUUAGUAGAAGGUACCACCGAUAGUAUGAGCUGUUUGAUAUUUACUGCUAUAACUUAUUUAUACGGUUUAAUAUUUCAUCCAACUUUUGCAACUGUUAUCAAAGAAAAACAGUUAACAUCAACCUUUGUAAAACUAGCAGAGAUUAGUAAUGAUGAACAUAUACAAAUUCAUACUUAUCGUAUUUUAGCAAUGAUUAUGAAUGAAAAUGAUAUUAAAACAUUGGCAAAUCCAGCGAAGAUAACAGAAGUAUUUAUUAAUUUUAUAAAAUGUCUUGCAGACAAUGCAGUGCGUAAAAGGGUACUACAAAAUACAUUGAUAAGUUUGAAAAAUCUUGUACAACAUGAUCAAAUCAAAGAUGAACUUGUAAAACAAGGCGCUAUACCAUUACUAAUACAAUGUGCAACAGAAACUAAAGAUGAUCCUAUCAAUAUUCAACAAUAUGCUUUGGAAAUAUUAUGGGCAUUAACAUUCAAUGAACAAGCACCUAACAUACUAAAAAAUGAUCAAAAUUUUAUGACGCAUAUCAGAUCUCUUCAAUCAUGCAGUGAAAGAGGCGUUGCAAAGGCAGCUGAGGGUCUAAUUUGGAAAUUAGAAAAAGAAGCAGAAUAUAUAAUGACCAAAAAAGAACAAGAAGAAAUGAUAGAAACAGAGUUGAGUAGGUCUUUUAUGCGCUUCAGAUUCAAACGAGUCGCUAAACCUACAAUAAAAAUAGAGCCUACGAAUGAUGCCCAUAAAUAUGAUGUUAUGAUAAGUUAUUCACAUUCUGACAAAGAUGUAUGUUAUCAGAUACAAGAACGUUUAGUUAAAGAUAACUUUCGUGUAUGGCUUGAUCGUGAUAAUCUUUACGGUUCACAAAUGCAAGAAAUGGCCGAUGCAAUUGAAAAUUCAAGAUUUGUCUUUAUUUGUAUGUCUGAUACAUAUAAACAAAGUGUGUAUUGUCAAUCAGAAGCACACUAUGCUUACGAAAGACGGUGUCAACUAAUACCAUUAAAAGUUACGAAGAAUUAUCGACCAGAUGGUUGGUUAGGCCUGAUUAUCAGUGGUAAAGUAUAUGUGGAUUUUUCUAAGACUGACUUUGAUAUGGCUUAUCAAAAAUUACUCACAGAAAUUAAUCGUUAUCAAGGUCAAACAAAAAUAUCAAAACAAGAUGCUCUACAAGAGCACAUGGUUACACAAGACAACAAACGAGACAAAAUUGUCACGCCAAUUUUAGUAGCAAGUGAUGAGAAAACUUCUAUUUAUGUCACCAAAACCGAUAUUGAAUUAUGGACGAAAGAUGAUGUUCUAGAUUUUUUGAAUGCUAUGGAAUUACAGACAAUGAUGCCACUUUGUAAAACGAUGGAUGGCAAACGAUUAUAUAAAAUGUACAAAAUGUGUGAAUCAAAUUCAGAUAUGAUGUUUCAACAAUUAAAAUCAGAAUUAUUCGAAGAACAAAAUAAAACAUUACCACUUCGAAUUUAUCUUCAAUUUUUGGAUGAAAUCAAAAAAUAUUUACCAAUUUCAUCAAACAUAACAUCGUCUAAUUAUCAAUCAGUUACUUGCAGUGUAAUUUGA